UGUGAGAACAGUUAUCACCUUUACCACAUGCUUGUUUGUCCGAGUUUGUGUGACCUAACGUUGUAUGAACAGCUGAAACAUGGUCCCACACUCCAGGUAUAAAAAAGCCUAUCCCCCCAGUAGGAGCCACUCUGUGGCUGAGCUUCUUACAGAAUGAACGCCCUUCAGACCAUCUUUCUCUUGGCCGUAGGCCUCUCUAUGGCCCAUUCUUUGGACUACAAAGCUCUCAACCAGUUCAGGAGGAUGAUCCUGUGCAUGAUGCCGGACAGCUGGCCCGCCCUGGACUACGCCGACUACGGCUGUUACUGCGGAUACGGAGGCUCCGGCACACCGGUUGACGAUCUGGACAGGUCACCAUUCAGACGCUCUAUAUUCUCGCCAGAUUCGGGCAAAACGCGCCUUCGUUCCGCGUCUCAAAACCCCGUCCCGUCCGAUCUUUUGACCCGCAGGUGCUGCCAAGUCCACGACCAGUGCUACAGCGACGCCAUGCAGCAUCCCGAGUGCUGGCCCAUCCUGGACAACCCCUACACCGAGCUCUACCACUACACCUGCGACGAGGCCAACAAGAAGAUCACCUGCACAGACAAGAACGAUGAGUGCGAGAUGUUCAUCUGUGAGUGCGACAGAAAAGCCGCGGAGUGUUUCAGCCGCUCAUAUUGGAACCCUGACCACGAGCACCUGCCCAGCGAUCGGUGUGAAUAAAGUUCUCCGUAAGCGACCGAAUCUGCUGACGGAAUUAACAACCAUCUGCACAUUUUUGGGAGCUGCAGAUCAAUAGGUUAGCUCACCCAAGCUGUUUGGAGUCACACUGAUAUUACAGAUUGAUUUACUAUUAUUAUUACUAAUGGGUUUGUGACCGUUCAUCCAUGUUUGCGUUUGAACUGUGACCCUGUAUUCAUUUCCUCACUUCUGUCCUCAUGUACUGUAGAGCUCACUGAUAGGUAGUUAGGAAAGUUAGGAAAUCUUCUACCAUGUUACCACCAGAGAGUGCUGUUUUUCACCUGAUAACCUCCCACAUAAUCCAACCGCUUGGUCCAUGUUAACUGUUUUGUACAAUCUGUCGGUUCAGCAGAUAAUAAAAAGCAUUUUCUUACAGAGAAAACGAUAUUCAAUAUUUUGAAUUUUUCUUUUAAAGGACUGCUUUAUAUGGUGCAGUUGCUGAUUGGUAUGAAUCAUUAGUGCUUGUUUUCAACCUGAUCUUUCAAAAUCACUUGUGUUGCUGAUAACAUUAGUCAUUUAAAGAAUUUAGAGAAUCUCAUCCUUAUCUGAUCUGAACUCGAUGUAGCUAACAAAUGUAGACACAUCUAAGAAAUUUAAAGUAAGUCUUAGCUCAUGUUUUCUCACGCAUUGCGCGGGAAUUCAAUAAUCUGUUCAGUGAAUAUUUUAAUUGAAGUGCUUGUCAUAGCCGAAGGUAAAUAUAUGGAAAGGCUUGAUUCCAGUAUGGAGUUUUUUUUUUCCUGUUUGGGACCAGAAAAGCAUGGAGAAAAUUAAAUAAAUAAACAGAUAGACUGCUGUCUGCUGCCUUUCUUUCAGUCAUCCUGCUGUAUUAAAUCUCUGCAGCUCACAUUUUGAGUUCACAGUCCCUCUCCAUGCUGCUGUUUUAUAUACAGAAGCAUCAGCCCAGUAAGCUGCAGCUGUGCCAACCGCAAGUUAAAUGGUAAAAUUUGCAAAAUUGCAGUUGCAAUAAUUGACACUGACCAGCGAAUAAGCGCAUUACAGCUUUAUGAAUAUGAGUGCAUGGCUUUUGAAAUUUGAUGCGUUUUCCUGCUGGGAAUGCUCAGAAUGCUCAGCAGCUGGUUCACGUAGUACAAAGCAGUAUUUCAGGAGAAAGUUGGUGGUUAAAUGCUCGGUUAAACUCUCGAUUUCAGAUGUAACUGUAGCUUGACUCAACCUUUUAUUUACUAUAACUGUAUUGACGGCGAUCAUUUCAAGAUCGAAGGAGGCCUGUGUCAAACGCCAGGUUGUUUAGCAGCAUUUUUCUACCAUAUUAGCAUUUCCUGCCACUGAUUGCGUAACAGCUGAGUACAUGCAGAUAAUUGUAAGCCAACACCUACUGUAUGUGAAAGAACUGUAUGUUCAAACAAGAAACAAAGAGUUUUCAGGGCUAGAUAGAAUCUGUUGAAUUUAAUUUAUACUGUACUUCUGAACUAGUUUCAGAAUUAGCACAUCAUAUUUAAGUCAACUUUUCAUCAUGUAUUUGAAAUUAUUAAACACUCUUAGGGAGAAUUUGGGGUUAUUACCUUUUGUGUACCUUGUGUACAAGUUCAUGUUUUGGCAAUCACUCAUUCU